GGGCCAGCUGAAAAGUUUGGGAAAUUUCCGUCAGUCAGCUGUUUACAUGCGAGUUUACAGUGUGUAUUUCGCAAUGUGAACGUGUAGCUGGAUGAUCUAUUUGUGUGUAGGAAAUUAUGGAUUCCCGUGAAAUUUGCAAUUUUCUUUUGUUAUGGAUGUUGAAAAUCUAAAUGAUCACACACAGUCAUCAGAGAUUUCAUCUUCCUGUAGCUCAAGUGACACUGACCCCAAUUCUCCAUACCCUUUGGAGAAUCUUCAAAAGUCGGACCAAUCCAUAGACAAGACUUCAGAGCUGCAAUCCUUGGAUGUUGCCAGCACUCAGACCGUCCAGGACCAAGUAGGUGUUUGCGGGGCAAGCUCGCCCAUCCGAGGGAAUUCCCCCACCCCAGACAGAGGGAAUUCCCCCACCUUAGACGAAGGGAUAUCCCCCACCCCAGAUAAAGGGAAAUCCCCGACACCCAACAAGAAGACCCCUCCCCCUGACAAUUUCUUGGCAGAAGGUUGUGAGUCAUCACCUAAUCAGUCAUCCAAAGGUACAGCAUCGGUGUCAUCUGAGUCGGACAACCCUUGUGUGGAGGAACUCAGAGAGACUGAUCCAGAAGUUGUAACAGAGUUCCUGUCUCAAGACACGAUGGUCCAGGGCCAGGCUGCAGCGUACUUCGGGAGGAAGUCUGUUACUUCAGAGGAUGUGGUCAAGUAUUUUGCCAUGCCCUCUGUGAAUAACAUGAAGGUGACCCUUGGCCUCGGCGGUGCUAUCAAUCUUGGAUGCUCACCUGUCUUGCCCAAAAAGGGGAAUACGUAUGAGAGAGAUUAUAGCUGUGAGAAUCACAAUACGUCGCCCUCGGACAACUCUGACGAUGAAGACGUUGAUAUUGUAGAUGAUAUGGAGGAAGCGGACUGGAGCUUUGAUGAAGAAGAUGAUGGAGCAAAGCCAGGAAAGAAGUGUCCUUGUUUCUUCAAGACUCCUGCAGGUAGCGAGAGUGGCAACAAGACGCCCCUGCAGCGGCAGAACACCAACCUAGAUGCCCCUGGUUCUUCGUCUCUCCACUCCAAUCCAUUUUACACUGUGUCAUCUCCUGUGCUUCACUGCCCCGACUGCGAACAAACCUUCAAUUGCCUUGUGGAUCUCAAUCGUCAUCGUUUGAAACACGUCAAGGAGAAGUCUUUCAAGUGCACCCACUGUGACAAGUCCUUUGCCUUCAGCUUCAAUCUAAAGAGCCACGAAAGACAACAUACAGGAGAAAAGCCCUAUGUUUGUAAUAAGUGUGGACUUUCUUUUGUUCAUGCCUUUGACUUCCAUGAGCACCAGAGGGUUCAUAAUGGACAGGGUCACUUUGUCUGCAGAAUCUGCUUGAAGUGGUUCAGCCACGAGUCAAAGUUCUUGCUUCACAUCCGGAAGCACAGUAGCAUCAAGCCGUUCAAGUGCAACAUGUGCGGGAAGGCGUUCCACCGCGCCGCAGGGCUUCGUGCCCAUGAACUCCUGCACUCUGUUCAGAAAGAAGACAAGCAGCUGUUCCCAUGCCAGUUCUGUGAUCGCAUAUUUGUCCGCCUGAGUCAUAAACAGAUGCACGAACGAAUCCACAGCGGAGAGAAAGUGUUCCCCUGCCUGCACUGUGGCAAGACCUUCACAGACUUAUCAACCCUCAAGGGACAUGCUUGCACGCAAACGAAUGGAAACCAGUUCAAAUGUAACAUUUGUAGAGAGGAGUUCCUCUCCCUCCCACUCCUUGCAUCUCACUCCAAAGUCCACGCAACUCAGAAAGCAUCAACGUCGAGAAAUGCACAGGUCCCGUCCACGAAGUUCAAUACGUUUAAGCGUAAGGGUCCCCUCGCGGACGCCAAGAGGCGAUUCCCUUGCAAGCUCUGCAGCAGAGUGUUUUCCAACAAGCGACUGCUGGACGAGCACGGAAAGAUUCAUCAACGCGAGCACACACCGUUCAUGUGCAGCGAGUGCUGCAUGACCUUUACUCACGCGAACUAUCUCAAACUUCAUAUGACCAUGCACUCGAACCAGGAUUCUACACCGCGUGAGGGACAAUCUGCUGAGAAAGCACACGUGAACGGCAAGCCGUCCCCCUUGACGGUGAAAUCUGGGAGUUCUUCCCCGCUCAACGUGUGUCGAUCAAGGCAGAGCAGUGGAGAGCAAUCUGCCAGCCCCUCCCCUGUUUCCGUAUGUCCCCCAAUACAGAUCAAAGCAGAACCCCAGUAACAUUGUAUACCGUAAUCUUUAAGAUGUUAAUUAUUAAAAUUAUUGUACUCUGAUUUACUGAUUUACUAUUUAGACCUUCAUUAUGAGUGAGUUUUCUUUUCACAGUGCUACUGACCUGAAAUUUAUUUCUGGCCUAAAUGUAUUGAAUACAUGUAAAAUGGUAGAUAAAUGGAUUUCUACAGAUAGAAACAUUAUGGCUUUACACUUGCAUGAAACAUUUUUUUUCACAAACUCACAACAUGGAGAUAACUGAAGAUAUCAUGCAAGGUGGCAAUACGCCAGUAUUGAAGAGAAGCAAAGUUUUUCAGAACCAUUAAUCAUUUCAUUAUAGAAUAUCAUAAUUUGAAGCCUUCACACUGCAACUCCCAUGAAAUUGUAAUUCCAUCAAAGAUGGCUUUAAAAGUAUUAUGAGCUACAUCUGUAUGCUGCUUUUUGCACCAAUUUGGUAUUGUACUUAUUUUUUUUUUUUUAUUAGUCACAGGGUUAUCAAGUUGAUAUUCAGCAUUUACAAAUGUCCAUUUGUAGCAGCUUAUCACCUUUCAGCCCUGUACCAUUUUUAGUUCUUUUUUUGUUCUUACAACUAUGCUGCUGGUCGGCUUUUGUAUAGUGGGCUUACACAUUUGUAAGUAAAAGAUGGGAAGUUCCCUCUACAUGUAAGAGAACUAUGAUAAUAGAAGAUGAAAAAUUAUGUUAUAAUGGCAACUCAUUUGCUUUGUAGAUUUUAAGCAUGAUGACACCUUUUAUUUGUUUAUAUUUGUUUAUUUGAAUUUUCUGGGGAUACUUCUCACAGCUUAACUGCCUGAAUCUGCAACAUUGGAUAAGCUUCUGAGCAUUUUGCAGGCUAAAUCACCCCCCCUCCACCCCUGAGUAAUUUUUCCCCUGGUUUUUAAGAAAGUUGGGAAACUAUACUUCCACUAAAAUUUUAAAGAGGGUCUCUAUGCAGCCAUGUCUAUUUUUCAUAAUGGAAAAUCAGAGUUGCCAUGGAAACAUGUUGAUUCAACUCUGAAUAUCGCUUACCCCCCCCCCCCCCCCACUCUCCUUGAAAUAUCAACACACUUUUUGGGGUAGCAGGCUAUGGCUGGUAAAAUCUGAAUAUCUGAAAUUUUCACAUUGCUGAACUCUUAAAUACAUGUAUAUGUCAUAGAUGCCAGGUUCCUAUAGAAAGUGCUUGAUCAUAUAUCCAUUCUAGUCAAGAGUCUGAAGAUUUUAAUAGCACAUAAAAUAUAAUUGUAUGCUUUAAUCCCUCCAAUAUCAUAGUUAUGUCUAUUACAAUGCUGUCAACGAAAUUGAUUUCCGAGGCUAACUAAUUUCCCAGUAUGACUUUCAUGUAAACAUCUUUUGCAUGGUUGGUUCUAUUUCCUAUUACUGCCAGGAAGGAAAUGGUUUAUUAUUAGCCAAAGAAUGACUAAAAUAAAUGUGUUGCAUGUAUACUCAUCAAUAGGCCAUGAAUUGUACCAGUGGCAAUUCCUUGCAUUGUACUAAAUUGCAUUGUGAUUGUGUAAAUUGUUAUAUACUUAAAUUGCUCUGGUAUUUGCAUGCAAUUUCAAAAUUUUAUUUCAGACAUGCACAUUAUCAACAAGUGCAAUUCGUAUCAUAGAAAACUCGCUAAUACCUAGAUGUCGUUCCCACUAUCGUGAUUUGCGCCACGAUUCAAACGGCGCAGUUAAUCGUGAUCAUAUCAUAUCGUACCAGGUCAGUCGUGGCAAUCGCCAAUCGGAGAAAAAAAUUUGAAUGGUUUAAAAAUUUUAACGAUCAGCAUACGAAAGGCCAAUCGUGGCUUUCGUUAAGGAUCGCACAACAGUGGAAACAAAGUAUAAGCAGUGGAGAUGAUACCAAACAAAUUGUGAAAAUAUGUACUAGGUUGGGUUACCUGUAAGCAAGGGGCCAGGGUAAGCUUUAGACAAGAUAUAUGCAUGAUUUCUGUACUUUAUCAAGUUCCAGCGAGUGUUUCAAGAACAUUUUUGUCAGUGGUUGUCGCCGACAGAUCUUAUAAGCUACUGAAAUCCUUGCAUCUGAUUGGCUGAGAGCAAUGACUCUGAAAAAAUGACUGACAAAACUUUUCAUGAAAAGCUCCCUCCAAGUCUACUAAUUUCAUCUGCAUGUGCCACCUCUAAAUAUCUGGGCCCUGAUGCACGAAAGAUACAAUGAAUACCAUGAUCAAUUUUAACCAUGUAUAUGGGAAGCCAGAUGCAAAGUUGUUGAUUGUAAAUAUUCUUUGUAUUGUAUUAUGUUACAAGGCCAUCUGUGCUUCGAGAUUGCAAUUGAUGGUAACUAAAGCAAUUGCUAGGGAAUGAUUGAAUACUCAUACAUUAAGCACGUGAGGACAUGGAAUCUGCUGUGUGAUGUGCUAUAUGAUAACCAAGUAUUAAUAUUACUUACAAUUACAAACUAAACACAUUUACUGGUCUAUCCAAAUGAAGUUCCUGUGGCGCGUAUAUCUUUCAUCACUAAUAUCUUACACCAUAGGCAAUUCUUGAAAUAUUUCAUACUAUUUUUAAAGGAUGCACAGCAUUUCAUUAUCUAUUCCUAUGUCUGGCUGCUAUUACUUUAUGUUUUGUAUUACAAAGAGUUGAAAAACUACAUGGAAAAGGAAAAAAGUUUGUGAAUAAAAAUGUCAAAAUAUAUCAAUAUAA